GUCGCUGGUGUGGCCGUGGGUCGCGCUGUACCUGGGCGCGGUGUUCUUCCAGGGUGGAGCGGGGGGCGGCAUCGUGGGCUUCAUCAACAACGUCAGGUCGUACCUGUGGAUCCCGGUGUCCCAGGACGCUUACAGGCGCAUCAGCAUCCGCGUGUUCGACCACGUUAUGUCGCUCGACCUCUCCUUCCACCUGCGCCGCAAGACCGGCGAGGUGACCAAGGUGGUGGACCGGGGCACCAGCGCCAUGCAGAACAUACUGUCAACCAUACUCUUCAACGUGCUGCCGCAGAUCUUCGACGUGCUAGCCGCCGCCACCUACCUGGCCCAGGCGCUGGAGCCCACCAUCGCCAUCAUCGUCUUCUUCACCGUCGGCUCUUACAUCCCGCUCACCAUCGCCAUCACCGAGUGGCGGGCCAAGCUGAGGAGGGAGAUGAACAGCACCGACCAGAUCAAGUCCGCCCGCGCCACGGAUGCGCUGCUCAACUACGAAACCGUCAAGUACUUCACAAAUGAGAAGCACGAGUCUCAGUGCUACGCCGCCUCCAUCGCCGCCUACCAGUCCGCCGAGUUCCGCUCCCUGUCCUCCAUCAACCUGCUCAAUGUGGUGCAGAGCGGAAUCAUGUUCGCGGGCAUUGCGUCGGGGCUGCUGGUGUGCGCAGGCGGUGUCGCCUCCCACGUGUUGACGGUGGGCGACGCGGUGCUCUUCCUCAGCCUCAUGGCGCAGCUGUACGGCCCGCUCAACUUCUUCGGCAGCUACUACCGAACCAUACAGCAGUACAUGAUCGACAUGGAGAACCUGCUUGAGCUGCUGGGGCGGCGCGGGGGCGUGCAGGACGCACCCACCGCCCGGGAGCUGGUGGUGGCAAAGGGCGAGCUGGUGUUCGACGACGUGUGUUUCCAGUACGACGCGGGCCAGGUGGUGCUGCGGCACGUGAGCUUCCGGGGGGCGGGCGGCCGCACGCUGGCGCUGGUGGGGGCGACUGGCAGCGGCAAGAGCACCAUCACACGACUCAUUUUCAGGUUCUACGACGUGGGUUCUGGUGCGGUGCGUAUCGACGGGCAGGAUGUGCGCGAGGUGACGCAGCACUCGCUGAGGAGGGCGGUGGGCAUGGUGCCGCAGGACACCGUGCUGUUCAACGACACCAUCCUGCACAACAUCCGCUACGGCAACCUGGCGGCCACGGAUGAGGAGGUGCACGAGGCCGCCAAGCUGGCGUGCAUACACGACACCAUCGUCAACCGCUUCCCCAAGGGUUAUGACACGGUCGUGGGCGAGCGCGGGCUGCGGCUCAGCGGCGGCGAGAAGCAGCGAGUGGCCUUUGCUCGCGCGCUGCUGAAGAACCCCGCCAUGCUGGUGCUGGACGAGGCCACCAGCGCCCUGGACACCCUCACCGAGAAGCGCAUCCAGACCGCCCUGGCCGACCUGCGCGCCUCGCGCACCACCGUCAUUGUGGCACACCGGCUGUCAACCAUUGCAGACGCCGACCUGAUUGUGGUGCUGUCCGGGGGCCAGGUGGUGCAGCAGGGCAGCCAUGCAGCGCUGCUGGCGGAGGGGGGGCUGUACGAGCAGAUGUGGGCGCGGCAGGCGGCGGCGGCGGAGCAGGGCGAGCCCGAUGUCUCCAGCGCCGGCCCCUCCUCCCGCGUGGGCUCCGCAGCCGACCUCACCCGACUGACGGCGGCAGCAGCAGCACUGCCGGCACCGCCGGACGCCUCCCAGGCAGCGCAUGCAGCAGCAGCAGCAGCAGCCGGCAGCAGUGGGGGCGAUGGCGGCGGUAGUGUUGCUGCCGAGGAGGGGGGCAGCAGCAGC